CCAUAGAACGUCGUUUAUGUGUCUAACUCUAGUUAGGUGAUUGGUGUGCUUCUGUUUUCGUUGGUUAAAAUAGAAAAUAUUGAAACUCUUAUGAAACAUUGACUUCAAAAAACCCUCUAGGUUUCAGUUCAGUCAUACGUUCCUAACUUCAGUAACGGACAAUUUGAUAAUUGACAAAAUGACUGUAGAUGGGGACGACAAGCCACAACGCGAUCGUGUGUUUAUGGACAUUUCGAUCGGCGGCCUGCCAUCCGGUCGUAUAGUGUUUGAACUGUUUAACGAUGUCGCUCCUAAAACCGCGGAGAAUUUCCGCGCUUUAUGCUCUGGGGAUAUGGGGGUGGGCAAGGUUACAGGGAAACCCUUAACGUAUAAGGGUAUGGUAUUCCAUCGAGUGGUUAAAGACUUCAUGAUUCAAGGUGGGGACUUCACAAAUGCGAAUGGAACUGGCGGAGAGUCCAUUUAUGGAGGCACCUUUGAGGAUGAGACUUUUGAGCUUCAACAUGAUAGACCGUAUUUGCUGUCCAUGGCUAACAGGGGCAAGGACACAAAUGGUUCUCAGUUCUUCAUAACAACACAGCCGGCGCCGCAUCUCGACAAUGUGCACGUAGUGUUCGGCCACGUGGUGACGGGCGCGGCACUGGUGAGGCAGCUAGAGGCGCUGCCGGUGGACCGCAACGCUCGCCCCCUUCAGGAUGUAGUCGUGGCCAACUGCGGUCAACUGGUGCGACUCAAAACUGGCAAGAAACGCAAGCAAGAUAAAGAAAAGGUUAAGGAAAGUGGAGAGGAAUCCGAUCAGUCACAGAAGAAAGAUAAGAAGAAGAAGAAAGAUAAGAAGAGGAAACGUAAUCAAUCCGAGCGUUCGGAGGAAGAGGUGCAGGAGUCCUCUCAUCCUCUGGUCACAACGUCCAAGAUAGACCCUCAGGAAAUCCCUGAGGUGCCCACCAACAGAUUCCUGAUGAGAGAGGGUCGGGACCAGGACAGGGGCGAGAGGAGGGCGAGGGAGAGGGUCCGCUACCGUGAGAGGGAGCGACACCACUACACCCGCAGCGGACGGAUCAUCAAGGGACGGGGAGUGUUUCGCUACCGCACGCCGUCCCGCUCUCGCUCCCGGUCUCGCUCGGCCACUCCGCCUCACUGGAGGCAAGCCCAGCGACGGAUCGUCAAGCUGGCGCACAUUGAGCACAUGGAGCGUGACGCGACGGAACAAGAACCUCCCAAGAGACCAGAAGUGCAGCACAGCAAGGAGGGCGAGGAAGGUACUCCUGAACGACCGAGGGAGAAGGAGGAAGGAGAAUGUGAUACGACUAUCGAGCGCUCCCACCAUGAGAAAGUCGACUACAACGCCCUGGACUUCGAAGAAGACAUCGAACGUGACGAGGAUCGACCCUGUGAGCCGCGCGCGGAGAGGCUGGCGCGAGCGUUGGGGGUCAACACACGGAACAGGGAUAAUCGCGACACGAGAGAGAACUUCUCCAAACGUCCUGAGGACUCGUCAUCAGCUCCGUACGUCCCCAGAGUGUCCUCCGCCAUCACGUCCGUCUCUCGACCGGCCAGGGAACAGGAAAAUGAGGGAUACGACCCCUUCAGCCUUCUCCGGAGCACCUUCGCCAACAACAAGGACAAACAGACGCACACGGCCAGAAAAGAAGACCGAUAUGAGAAACGCGAUCCAGAACAUCGGCGAGAGAGAGAUGACAGACGAGAUAGGAACAGGAGUGACAGAGACAAGAAACAAAUAGAGAGAGGAGAGAAAUAUGAUAGAAGAGAAGGAAAGAGAGAAGGUGACAAAGAAGACAAACACGAUGAUAGAAGACAGGAGUCUGGCAGGAGACAGGAGUCGAAAGAUAAAGAUAGACGGGACAGGAGAGAUAGGUCGCACGACGAUCAACGAGACAGAGAUAGAAGGAGAGAUAGAGACGACAAGAAGAGAGAAGACAGAGAUAAGACACACUCUAAUAAAGACAGGUCCAAGUCACGAGAACAGAAGACGUCUGCGGAGAACAAGAGUGGGGAGACAUCCGCCGGAGACGACAAGAAGGAAGCGGCCAGGAGGGAGCUGCUGGAGAUUGUGAGGCUGAUCAAGAGUCGGCAGCAGCAGAGGGAGGGACGGGAGGGCAAAAAGAAGCGCUCCAGCGAGUCGUCCGACUCCAACGACGGGCGGAAGCGAUCGGAACGGAAGAACUCGCAGAGAUCGGCCCCCGGCGCUCGAGGCCGCGGCGGUUCAUCAUCAUCUAAUUACAACACACAUCUGCACCCGCCGCCCACGCCGCGUGCCGGUGGGGCGCGGCUGACUGAUACCAUCCCUGGUGACUGGUCUUUUUAUUUCCCCGUCAGUCUGUAUGGGGGCAGCGUUCACAGCUGUAUGGUGUAUUUUUUCAAUCCAGUACCACGAGAUGUAUCGGUCCAAGGUCGCCGCGGGGACCUGCCUCCUGAUGACCGCAUUUUAUAUUUCGUGUCGUCUCUUAUUAAUGAAGUGUAUUUGAUUUUCUUGUUUCUUCAGUAAAUAAAUUAGAAAGAA